GUGGUCUUGGCCGAAAACCAAAAGUCGUCUCGACCAAGCAUGGUCGCCUUGGUGUGACUGCCUCGACUCAUUCGACUCAAUUCGACUGACUCGACUCGACUCCUUUGACUAAAAGCCCAAGGACGCGAAGCCUCUCCCAAAAUCGAUCUUGUUGGAUCUUCUGUGGCCACAAACCAUAGCACUUUGUAACCCCCUUUCGACCAAAGCUUCGUUGGGCGAGGCAUUUGCAUUGAGACAGAGAAGGAGAGUUGAGGCGAAGAAGAGACUGCUCUUAUUAGUGGCGGAAACAAGAGCCUGCAAAGUGAGAAGAUCGUCAAAGAAGUUUUUAAAAAGAGAAACGAUACAGUUGCCAAGAUGUUUGGCGGCGCUUCUACCAGACGAGUCGUCCAGAGCUUGGGUGGUGUUGGAAUCCGCAGUCUAUCAUCAAGCCACGCAUCAAGAUCUCGGUUGUUGGUCCUUGGUAGUCAAGCGUUUCGAAGCUCUCUAGGGGGUUGCACGGGCAGCAGUUCCAUUUCAGCAAGGCAAUUUCUUGUUCGCAACCAGAAUAUUGCCGCGCGGUCUCUGUCGAGCAAUACAUCCGGCGACAACGAAAAAAAGGCAGAUGACGGGAAAGCCAAGGAUGGCAGCGAAGAAACUCAAAUUGUGCUCACUCCUGGCCAAAAAGUGGUGGCGUACUCUCGAUUGACCAUGUGGGGCGGAAUUUUGGCAUUUGCUUUGUGUUGCGCCUAUUACAUUGGCCGAGAACUCUUUCCAACCAAAAUGAGCCCCAAUCGCGUCUUUGAUAAAGCCCUUGAAGUGGUACGCAACAAUUCCGAGGUAAAGCGACGGUACGGAGAUCCCAUCAAGGGAUAUGGAAGAGACCAUGGUGGCCACCGCGAAGGCCGCCGCAAUUUUAUCGAGCACACGGAACGUGUGGAUCCGGAAGAUGGAUCCAAUAGAACUCGUGUCAGAUUCAAUAUUGAAGGACCUUUUGGGAACGCCUUUGUCUUUGCCGAGGUUUCCUCCAACAUGCCUUCGGGGGAAUUUGUCUAUGUGCUGGUGCAAGACAAGUCCAAUGCUCGUCGUGUUCAAACUGUAAUCGACAAUCGAGCAGCAUUGACUGCCUCCCGUCUUGCUGGUGGAAACAAAGAAAGCAUGGCUGCCAUGUCGCAACUGCUUGGUGGAGGAAAGAGAAGUAACUAAGGCCACCUACAUACGGUACUUUCUUCAUGAUCUUCUUUUUUAAAAUGGCUUGAUAUUAAUCCAAUCGCAUCGUUCCGUUGGUGGAUGCGUGGGUGCGUGUAUGGACUACCGUAAUGUCGGGAAGGAAGUUGAUCACACGCAGCACUCUGCUCUCGUCAUUCGACGGCUCCAUCUUUCGGGACAGAUUGAAUCAAUCACACAUGUUCUUGCGUAGGACGUACAUGUCGUAUCUCUUGUACCAUGGUGGUUUUAUCAUCAAUUCUUGCAAAGCAAAAAUUGUCCAUAUUUGGUUCCUCUUUCCGAGCAUCGACACGUCCCAGACCUUUGGUUUUCAUUGGCGGCUAGCUAUAACUUCAUCUAAAAGGAUAGGUGAACCUGAGCCCAAUCGAAUUUACAUGUCCGGU